AUGGCCCCAUCCCCCUGUAUCAUGAUGAAUCCUGGGCAGGGGUCGCCGUCCCAAGACGCCAAACAGCUGCAUGAAAAAGAGGAGACGGACACGGAGGGAGAGGAACUUCAGCCGAAAGACAUGACCACCGAGAAAGGAUACAAACUCCAGCGGAGCAGCCUCCCGUUUAGCGUCGAGUCGUUGAUUUCCAAGAAGACCACCUGUCGGACUUCUUAUUCCCCCUCAGAUUUAGCUCUGGUCCUGCCGAAGCAGGGCGGCGCGCAGUUCUCUCCAAGGACUCUUUACGCGGAGAGGAAGGUCUCCGCGGAGAGCUCGCAGGGUGUUUCCAGUAGCUCCAGCGAGGACAGUCCACAGUUCUGCGAGAAAGAUCAGAGCACUUGGUUCCAGACGUCCUCCUUUUCGCCUCCGCCUCGGAGCUCAAGUCCAACUCCGUGUACUUUAAGGAAACACAAAAACAACAGGAAACCUCGCACGCCCUUCACUACCUCCCAGUUGCUGGCGCUGGAGCGCAAGUUCCGCCAGAAGCAGUACCUCUCCAUCGCCGAGAGAGCCGAGUUCUCCAACUCUCUCAACCUGACGGAGACUCAGGUGAAAAUCUGGUUUCAGAACAGGAGGGCCAAAGCCAAGAGACUGCAGGAGGCCGAGCUGGAAAAGUUUAAACUGGCCUCCAAGCCCGUCCUGCCCGCUUUUGCGCUGCCGUUCCCCCUCGGAGCGCACAUGGGGUCUCCGACAUGGGGCCCGUCUAGCGCCUUCCCGAGGCCCAGUCUGCCGGUCCCAGGACUGUUCAGUGGACCCGUCACUUAUGGGAUGUACUAUUUGUCUUAG